ACUACUGAGAACAAGUCUGAACCAAAGUUUGAACAAUACAUAUGGGCGUGGUGAAAAUCGUGAAAUCGCGAUGCAUGCCCAAAAAUUAGGACAAAGCUUGAACGAGGCGUUGACUGAAGAUCUUCAUUUAACGAACGAGGAGUCCUCAAGUCAAUUUGAGGAUUAUUCAGACUGUUUACUGAGCGAUAAAUGUAAAAAUGAUGAUGAAAUCACAAUUGAAAAACCAGAAGCCUCGAUCGUCAGUACCCUUGAAGCCAAGGAUGAUCUUCCGCAAGCCAAACUGUGCGAGGCUGAUUCUAAUGAGGAUAUUUGGAGAAUGUUCAAAAAUAGUGAUUGGGAUACCAUUUUGGCGGCGGUCAUUGUGGAAUAUAACAGUUGGUUUCCAGAUCCAGAGGUUGGGUGGACUGAUGAAUUUUGCAUCAAAGAGGCACUGAGUUUGUGUGAAUGGAAAGAAAUUCCAGAGAAUGACAUUGAGGGACACUUGGUAAGGUUUAUAAAUCUUUGGUUCUCAGAUGACAAAAUUGAACCAGAAGAAAUUAACAUAAUUAUCAGAAACGUACUUCUCAUGUUUCCACUUGGAGCAUGUAAUGAAUUGCUGUUCAAAAAUGUGUUCGAUUCAGCGAUUGAAACAGCACAGGUUCCAACAGCUGUUGACAGUGACAAAAAUGUAAUUAAAGAUCCUGUUGUCGAUGAUCUUGAUUAUGAAAACAAAGCCAAUGUUAUUGCUUUUCAUAACUGGCUGAAAGAGAAUUUACUCCUCUUGAAAGCCACAGAUACGGAUACUUCAUACGAAGGAGCUCAAAUCUCUAUGUAUAAUUCUGCUAGUUACAAGCUCAGGACUGUGCUUGGAUUCUGUGCUUUGAUACUGAUGCGAUUGAUAGUCAGGAAGGAGUCGCACGUCAAACAAUACUUUCCCUACAAGGCUUGGAAAAUAUUUGAUCGCUUGUUCCCUGAUGUCAGGCUCACUAUCGCUUUAGUUGCACCUUCCGCAAAUUGCCUAAAAUUGGCGUCGGAUGCCCUGAAUAAGAAUAGCAAGAAUAAGGGUCGUAGUCUAUUUCAUUUAUUGAUCUUUGAGUACACAAAAAAUGUGAUUGAUGGUGGUGAAUCUGAAUCUGCUCAAUUUGUCAGACAAAUUCUACAGAAUGGAUGUCUUAAAUUCAUGGAAGGCAAUGGAAUUGGAUUAGUGACCAUGUUCCAAGAUAUUAAAUUAUUAUACAAAAAUAUUGACGAACGACAAUUGCUUUCGUUUAUCACGAACAGUGAAAACGAUACGCAGAGUCGUGAGCGGCUAAUUAAAUUCUUGGAUAUCUACAUGCAGCAAGAGAAACCUCAGUACUCGUGGAAAUGGGCGAGAAUAUUGUUUGAAGAUAUUUUUCGUCAUUUGAAUAUUCAUGAGAAUAAAUCUGUUUGUUCGAAGCUUGCGGCAUUACUCAUCAACAAAAGACCUGGUAUAUUUCAACAUAAAGAUCUGAAAACUGAUAACCCUUACGCCAGUGCAUCGCUCAAGUGGGCAAAAUAUGCUACUAAAAAGUUGAUACAACUAAAUAAUCAACGUUCGCAAGACUGAGGAUAGUUUUAUCAACUCAUUGAGAGCAGAGCAAAUUCAAAAUCGAAUACACUAAAAUUGAUGAAUAAAUCUCUGUGUACGGACAAUUUUGACUAAGUCAGUCACGAAACAUUUUGUUUGUUUCGUGAGGAGCUCAAAAUUUAUAUAAA